UUUGUUGCCCUUCCAACCUUCCCAAGUUCCACAAAAACGCACCCAAUUUCAACUAAUUAUUAUGAGCUCAAAAUUAUAUGUGUAACACUUGUCUCAACCCUCAUUUUCUUGCCAACCAAACACUCUUUAUCUCUUUUCCUUUUUCUCUCUCUCUAACUUCCAUGGCUAGUACUGCUACUACUACUACUACCGAUCUUCAUCAUCAAUACCAGAGAGAAAUAUCUUUCAAUACUUACAACAACAGGCAGUACUUCACGGAUGAGGAGAGUGACAACGACGACGACGAUGAUGUAGAAGACAGAGAGAAAAUACUAGAAGAAGAAGAAGGAGAAGAAGAGGAAGUAAUCGAUGGCGACGAGAACGAUGAAAAAUACGACAAAGAAGACAAAAGGCGUGGGGGUGGAGGAGGGCGGUGGUGGUUGGGGGAAGGGUCGGCGCGUGUGCUGGACCCGAGGGCGAAGUGGGUCCAGGAAUGGAACAGGGUGUUCUUGUUGGUGUGCGCCACUGGGCUUUUUGUGGACCCGCUCUUCUUCUAUGCCCUAUCGAUAAGUGACACGUGUAUGUGUCUCUUCGUUGAUGGGUGGUUCGCCGUGACGGUCACCGUCCUCCGGUGCAUGACGGACGCCUUGCACGUGUGGAACAUGUGGCUGCAGCUGAAGAUGGCAAAACGGUCGUUUUCCAUGGUUAGUGCCGUCGAUGGGACUGGUGCCGCCGCCGCUGGGCUUGGGGACGCCGCCUCGGCUAGGUCUGUGGCUUUAAGGUACUUGAAAGCCAAGAGAGGCUUUCUGUUUGACCUCUUUGUCAUUCUUCCUUUGCCUCAGAUUGUAUUGUGGGUAGCAAUCCCAUCUCUAUUGGAAAAAGGAUCAGUGACGAUAGUAAUGACGGUGUUCUUGAUAAUCUUUCUGUUCCAAUAUCUCCCAAAGAUUUAUCACUCCGUCUGCCUCUUGCGCCGCAUGCAAAACCUCUCUGGUUACAUUUUUGGAACUGUUUGGUGGGGCAUUGCUCUAAACAUGAUUGCAUAUUUUGUCGCAUCCCACGCUGCAGGAGCUUGUUGGUAUUUGUUGGGUAUCCAAAGAGCAUCACAGUGUCUGAAAGAGCAGUGUAGAAAGACAAGUGGGUGUGGAAUAGGAAUAUUGUCUUGUGAAGAAACUAUAUACUAUGGAACUACAAGGAUGGUGAGACAGGAGCCAAGAGUGGCAUGGGCUCUGAACAAGCAGGUAAGGUCUGCCUGCUUAGACAGCGCAGAUAACUACAACUACGGUGCGUAUAGAUGGACCGUUCAGCUUGUCACCAACACUAACCGCUUGGAAAAAAUGCUUUUUCCCAUCUUUUGGGGCCUCAUGACUCUCAGCACAUUUGGGAACUUGGAGAGCACAACCGAAUGGUUAGAAGUUGUGUUCAAUAUCAUUGUCUUGACCAGUGGACUCCUUUUAGUUACCAUGUUGAUUGGAAACAUCAAGGUGUUUCUGCAUGCAACAACGUCCAAAAAACAAGCAAUGCAACUGAAGAUGAGGAACAUAGAGUGGUGGAUGAGGAAGAGGCAUUUGCCUCCGGGCUUCAGGCAGCGAGUUCGGAACUACGAGCGCCAGCGUUGGGCCGCCAUGCGCGGCGUUGAUGAAUGUCAGAUGAUUAGGAACCUCCCUGAGGGCCUUAGGAGGGACAUCAAGUACCAUCUCUGCUUAGAUUUAGUUAGACAGGUACCACUGUUCCAGCACAUGGAUGACCUGGUCCUCGAGAACAUAUGCGACCGUGUCAAAUCGCUCAUUUUCACCAAGGGAGAAACAAUAACAAGAGAAGGCGACCCAGUUCAGAGAAUGCUGUUCGUAGUAAGAGGCCAUCUCCAAAGCAGCCAAGUCCUCCGAGACGGUCUCAAAAGUUUCUGCAUGUUGGGGCCCGGCAACUUCAGCGGCGACGAGCUCCUCUCAUGGUGUCUCCGCCGACCCUUCAUCGAAAGACUCCCACCAUCGUCGUCGACACUGAUAACUCUUGAAACGACUGAGGCGUUCGGACUCGAAGCCGAGGACGUUAAGUACGUGACGCAACACUUCCGUUACACAUUCGUGAACGAGAAAGUGAAGCGAAGCGCAAGGUACUACUCGCCCGGGUGGCGGACAUGGGCGGCGGUGGCCAUUCAGCUGGCUUGGAGAAGGUACAAGCACCGGUUGACUUUGACUUCGUUGUCGUUUAUUAGGCCUAGGAGACCUCUGUCGAGGUGUUCGUCCUUGGGAGAAGAUCGUCUUAGGCUUUAUACUGCUUUGUUAACUUCGCCUAAGCCAAAUCAAGAUGACUUUGAUUUCUGAGACACUCACUCCUGUUAUUAUUCUAUGUUUUGUUCAUAUAUAUGGAUGUACUUUUUAUUUUA